AUGCUUGAUUUAUUGAAGAAGGUGUUUCCUCGAUUACCAGGUGCUCAUUAUGAAAGUUUAAGUUACUUUAUCAAUCAUAUACACAGGUUCAUCGUAUACAGAUCCUAUAAGUUGUUUAUAGCUGGUACACUAUUUAAACAUGCAUUAAUUGAAUUAAUAAUAAAACAUUGUGCUUAUCUAUUACCACCAAGUGGUCGAUGGUAUACAACACCAAGACCAAAUGAAUUAAUCGAUGGUGUUAUGCAUUCACCAUCACAUUGUCAUAGUCAAAUUAUUACUACUACUACUACUACUAGUUCGAUGACCAGUAUGACACCACCAACAACAACAACAACACCAGCAACAGCGACAUCAUUUCCAGUAUCACCGCCUAGUAUAUCAACUUCAUAUAAAAAUGGAGUUUUUUACGACGUCCUUCAUCAACAGAUACUCGUCCAGUGCUAA